UGCAAGCACGGCACAUACUUCUCAUCGGCUCAACACUUCAUGAGUAGAUGUUUAUAUCCUUCAUGUGGAACUAUUUCUGGUAUGUAGCACUCAUUAUUUUUACUCACUCUCUUUCUCUCAUUCGCUUCCUGCAGCCCUGCGUGCCUGGCCGGUCCAGAUUCAACGCCAGGAAUACGUUCUGUAUUAAUAUCUAUUUGAAAACAACAUUGGAUUGCACUCAUGCGGCUGCCUUACCGGUCGAUCAGCAGCAUUCAACCACUCCCUAGCAUUUAUACCACCUUUCCAGCCAACUACGGCGGCUCUGACUCAACGAACACAUCUGGCAUUCAUUCCGGAACAUGCCUCAUCAGAAAGAUCGAAGAUGGGAUUGAGGUAGUCCCUUUCGAACGGAGUAAUGUUCUCUCUGCUCCCAUCCUCAGCCCAGAUCAAGAGGAGAAAGAAGUCUUUGUACAGUCAUGGGAAGUUCAUAAUUUCAACAAGCCCCUGCCUUCUCUUCCCAGAUGCAUUUGGCAGCGAAUGUCUCAGCGGCAACGUAUCUUAGCUUUACUGGGGUUACAGUUCCUGAUGCUCCUCACGAUUGGUCUGAGUCUUCUAGCUGUCAAAAGUCGAUCUUCAGCCAGCGACCAGGAUGCGGCAGUAGAAGUUGCUAGCGACGGCCCUUCAAAUGCCAACAUCACCAGCAACCUCCGACGUGGAAUAUUUGCGCUACCCCUUAAACUUCCCCAGCAGCAUAGUAUGGCAUGCCUGACAAGCAUGAAUCAGACCAAUGCUUGGCAAUGCGCAUCUAAUUCAACAUUUCAACUAAGCAUACUCCCAGCCCUGGCCGGUAACGACAGCGCAAUCAUGAUAGCGGUGGGACCAACGCGCAGCAACGAUACUGUCUGCCAUGGCGAGCGCAUACCGAGCAUUCCACCUUUGGAGCUACUAGCGGCUGGCGGUACUGAGCACGAAGAUAAUUUUGCCUAUCACUUCCGCACAACCUACGACAAAAUCGUAUUGCUCAGCGAGGAGGAGCUGUCUUUGACUGAAGAGCUACAGGUGCAUCCUUCGACUUUGAACACUCCAUUCCAACCUGGGGAUCGUCUGUGGCAAUGCACCUUCAAUGAGACUUCUAUUGAGGGUUACAUCUACCCUACCAAGGCCAAAGUUGCCACCACUACAGGCACUGCAUCAGGCACGGUCGAUGCGGAUAAACCCACUACACUUCCGGAUCUCCCCUAUGCCGUCAGGCUGUCCGAAGAGUGGAUGCCAAAUGGAAAGCCCCCUUAUUGUACGAAAAUGUUAAUGGGAGCCGACGGUACCCUAGCUCCACUUUCGGAGGAGAUAGUGUUACGCUUGGACAACUCCACGGGUGAUGUUCCAGUUUCCACAUCGCAACGUAUGCGACGUAUUAGGCAUCGAGAGCAACGAGACGAAGCGCAGUCAGGCCAGUGUCAAUGUGAAUGGGUGGUCAACUGACGCAUGAUUUUUGAUCUUACAUUCGACUGACAAUACCAUAACCCCGUUAAAAUCGCCGUGUUUGCACUGGUCCGACGUUUUCAUUACUUUUCUAUUUGGGCAUACUUAAAUCAAAAAACUACCAGAGCAGGUUGCGUAUCAUUAUCAGCCAAGACUGUGUCGCGAAG